AGUUAGGAAGGUUGGUUGGGGCCAGAUUGCCCUUUCUACCCCAGCGGAACUAGGUAAGUGGUGCUGGGACUCCGACGCCAGCCACACAUGGAGGCUAAUAGAAGUGCCCCCUCCAGAUCAAUACCACGCUCCAUCCCUUAAGCUGCAGUUGAACAACCACAGAGAUGCAAGUCCUCCCGCCUUCCUAGAGAGUCUCAGGAAGAAGCCUGGGGGGAUAGGAUUGAAGCAGCUCCGCCGGAAGGAGGAAUAUGCUGUCGAGGGGAUACUUCCUGCUGGGGCCGGGGCUUGGUCCGAAGCUCGUGGCUUGAUCUUAUGUGGCCUGUGUGUGGAGCCUUUGGGGUCCGCUCACUCGGACGAAGUACACUCGGUUCCACGUGAGGGGCUGCGCUUGUGCUCCGGGGGCGGCCGGUGGAGACCCAGGCCGCGUCCUGGAUUAAGGUCCCAUCUGUACACAUCAACAGAGGAUAUGGCAGCCCUGGGGGCAAUCCAAGAAACACUCUCUGCUUCAGCCCACAUCAACUUUCCAUCACCUGGAUCCCAUCCAGGGCCUCCUCGUCAUGAGAUGCUACUGCACCUCCAGGAUCCCCAAUACGGUUUUAAGACCAGGACUGACAACAAGUUACUGAUCCCAAAGCAAGAAAUUUCUGAAGAAAUAGAAUCUUGUGGAACAAUAUCAGAAAUACUCCAAACAGAUGUUCUUCAGAAACCCAAAUUUCGAAGAACCUAUGAACUUCAAAGCAGGUUAAAUAGUGAGGUGGGAAUCCCAGCAAAGAAGAGAUGGAGAGACUCCCUUUGCCAACAAAGAAAGGCACAGGUGACAGUCAUGCAUGAAGAAACCCCCAGAGAGGAGAGAGGCCAUAAUUGUGCUGAAUUUGGGAGAAACUUGGGCCUAAACUCAAAUCUUGUUAUAGAACAGAGUAUUCCAACAGGAGUAAGACUUCAUAAAUGUGAUACUUGUGGCCAAAGCUUUGGUCAGCGCUCAGUACUUAUUCAGCAUCUGAGAAUUCAUACUGGAGAGAAACCUUUUGAAUGUAAUGAAUGUGGGAGAGCAUUCAGCCAGAGAUCAGAAAUUAUUAGGCAUCGGAGAAUUCAUACUGGAGAUAAACCCUAUGAAUGUAACGAAUGUGGCAAAGCAUUUAGUCACAGAUCAACCCUUAUUGAACAUCAAAGAAUUCACACUGGAGAAAAGCCCUUUGAAUGUAAUGACUGUGGGAAAGCCUUCAGAGGAAGGUCAGACCUUAUUCGGCAUCAAAGAAUUCACACUGGAGAAAAGCCUUAUCAGUGUAAUGAGUGUGGAAAAGCUUUUAGUCACCGGUCCGUCUUUAUUGCACAUCAGAGAAUUCACACUGGAGAGAAACCUUAUGAAUGUCAUGAAUGUGGCAAGACCUUCAAUUGGAGCUCAAGCCUUUUUCAACAUCAGAGGGUUCAUAGUGGAGAAAGACCUUAUGAAUGCCAUGAAUGUGGGAAAGCAUUUACACAACUUGCAGUUCUCAUUGACCAUUUAAGAACUCAUACUGGGGAAAAGCCUUAUGAAUGUAAUGAAUGUGGGAAGGCUUUCAGCCAUGGCUCAAACCUUCUUCAACAUCAGAGAAUUCAUUCUGGUGAGAAACCAUAUGAAUGUUGUGAAUGUGGAAAAGCCUUCUGUCACAGCUCAAAACUUAUUCAGCACCAGAGAAUCCAUACCAGGGAGUGACUCUUAAUAUGGUGGGGAAUUCCCAAAAAUUACUUUGAGGCAAGACCCCAUUACAGACUACAAGUUCAAAGGCAAGGCUCAUUUUUGUUUGUCUAACUUCCUGUAGCACCUAAUCUGGUGCCACAUGCAGAUAGCUUAAUAAAUGUUUUUGGUUGUCUAAAA